GGUAAUUGGAGACAAAGACCAAGAUGGAUUUUAUUGGGGUGAAUUACGAGGAAGACGUGGCUUCGUUCCACAUAAUAUGGUAUCGGAGAUUGAUGAUAACCAAAUCACGCAACAAGGAGCAAAUAUGACUGGUACUGGUAGUGGUGGUAGCAGGAAUCCUCCAACUGGUUCUAUUAGUGGUCUUCAACAAAGUGUGCGCAAUGUUAGCCGUGAUCGCUGGGGAGAUAUCUAUUGCAAUAUGCCUGUGAAGCGAAUGAUCGCACUUUAUGAUUACGAUCCACAAGAACUGAGUCCAAACGUUGACGCCGAACAAGUGGAAUUAUGUUUUAAGACUGGAGAAGUAAUACUUGUAUAUGGCGAAAUGGACGAAGACGGCUUUUAUAUGGGGGAAUUGGAUGGAGUCCGAGGGUUGGUCCCAUCGAAUUUCUUAACAGAAGCACCAGAACAAUAUAAUAAUUCAACCGGAACAGCCAGUACGAGUGGUCAGAAUGCACAAAGAAACUCAAAUACCACAAUCCCUUCAUCAACUUCAACUCAGCGUCAUAAUCAACCGUCAGGACCAGGGGCGAAAGGGCCACCACCACCUCCACGUGAAAUCGGUUCCAUAGGUAUUAGUCAGGGUAUGAUGAAUUCUGGAUUAAAUCAAAUAAAUCAACGUCCAGUUCUUGGAAAUACAUUUGGCGGUAAUUCAAUGCGAGGUAUGUUAAAUACGAAAUCAUAAAUGUGACCUGAAAACCAAACUACCAUUAAAAAGACCUACUGCAAAAUAUAAUCCUGAUAUAAACGUACAAUUCAAAUGAAAAUAUAUGAUAUUUUUCAAUUCGUUCCAACAACAUUUUUAGAAAAGUUUUUUUCCACAAAAUUCUUCAACAGCCUAGAGCGCGAAAUUUUAUCUAAGACUUGAGAACCUACUUUCUGUUAAUAUUAUGGGGUCAAAAUGCAUUUUUAAAAAUUCUAAAAUGUAUAAAAUAGAAUGUUUUGAUGAAUUUGUUGCAUAUUAUAGGUAUAUGUCGUUAGCACUACCUGGAAUAGUGCUUAUUAAACAUAACAUUUUGAAAAAUUGAACUCGAAUAGUCCAUAUUGUUUAUACAGUCAAAAUUGAUCGAAUUCAGUCAUUGAAAUAUGUUUGGAAGUGAAUUAUAGUGCGGCAAAAUCAUGUUUCAUAUUCGUAUUUUGGCCCAACGUUCAUUGCUCACAAUGUGCUAUGCAAAUGACACUGUUCCAGCAUACGAUGCAUUCAAAUGGGUGUAUACCAAAGUGGAAUCACAUUAGUUUUGCUCUUAAAGUAUUCUAACUUCGAAUGAGAUUAAUUUGUGGAGGUCUAUCGUAUCUUUGGUACAAAACCUUCAUUUUUGAUCAUAAAAUUGGAAUGAAAAUUUUGCAUUGAAAUGUGUUUUUUUUUCAUCACCAGUGGCAAGUGUUUGAUGGAAAAUGACGAUUACCAUCAUUUUUUGUCGAUAUGGUUGUGCGAAGAUAUUUAUAUAUUAACUGAAAUUGUCAUUUUUCAAUAAAUUCACAUAAUGACCUACCUAGCUUUUGCGGCACUAUCUAGCGUUGAGCUAUCGGCGUGAAAAUUUACACACGUUAUUUGCCCACCAUAUGGAAAGUAUUCCGGGGUGAGAGCGAAAAAAUUUCAACUUUUGUUCUUUGGGGGCCAGUCUAAUUAGGACCUUUUUUACUCUUCACUUUUUUGGCGAAAAUCUUGAGCAGAUCGAAAGAAUUUUUUCGGCGAAAAAAAGUAAAGAGAAAAAAAGGUCCUUAUAAUUUCCAAAAUUGUUGAGGGUUCUCAAAAAUAUUUUGGGGAGAAGAAGGUCCCUAGGAACCUUCGCUAUCAACUAUGGUCGAAAAACAAUUUAUUAGUUUAACCAUUACAUUUUACGAACGAAAAAAAAACAAGGCUUUGUUUUUGACGAAAACCAAAUAUAAUAUUUAUGGGAAUCA